GCACAUUCCAUGUAAAUGAGUUGCGGGCCUGUAGAGGACCUGCAUGGUGCAGCCUCAGUCCCCACCUGGUCGGACCGAGAAGAAGAACAAGAACAAGAAGGGAGGAAGUGGUUCAGGGUCCAGAUGAGCGGUGGAGAGGCGCAGGCUGUGGGGAAUGGAGACGAGGACAACAGAAGCAACGACCGAUGCAGGCGGCUUAGACUCUCUCUGCAAGAUCAGCAUCAGGCAGGCUACACCCCGGAGGGGCUCAGCGGCAAGGAGAGCAGCAUAGCAGUAGUGCUCCCACAAAAACCAAAAGAGCAAGAAGGAACACUUGAACUCAUCACGCCCGCUGAAGAAAGAGUUAAACUCAUUAAGACAGCGGAGAGUGUCAGGAUGAUCACGGACGAGGUGUCGCAGAUUCAGGAGGUGAGGUACUGUCUGAAGACUCUGAGGGAGCAGAUGGCGGCCAGGCAGAACAGUAACAACAACAAGUAUCCAGCCAACGGCUUCAGAGUCGACUCAUCCAGCCGCCAGCCAGCUGUCUCCAAUGGCAACGCUGUUCUCAUUGAGUCACACGAGCUGGUCGCCGGUAAUCGGGAGGAGAGCGCAAAGCUGAGGGAGGUGACCAAGCGUCUGUAUGCGCAGCUGAAGGAGAUGGAGAAGAGGCACCAGGAGGAGAGGGAGAGACUGCAGGCGGAGUCCGAUGAGUACCACACCCGUCUGGUUGAGCAGUCGGAGCAGCUGCACAAGGCGGAGGAGCGGUCGGAGGAGAGGGGUCUGCAGGUGGACGAGCUGCAGAGGCUGCUGGGAAGCAUGGAGAUCGAGAGCGGCGCCCUCAAAGACAAGAUGGCGGCAGGGGAGGCAGAGCUGCUGCAGCUUAAGGCGAGCAGGGAGGAAGGGGCGGAGGAGCAGAGGAGGUGUGCAGAGCUGGAGAAGGAGGUGGCCACCCUGAAGGAAAAGAUUCAUCACCUUGAUGAUAUGCUAAAGUGUCAGCAGAGGAAGGUCCGGCACAUGAUCGAACAGCUGCAGAACUCCCGGACUGUCAUCCAAGAGAGAGAUCGAGUCAUCGGGGACCUGGAGGAGAGGGUGGCUUUCCUGCAAGCUGAGAACAGAGAAAUGCACGACCACAUGGAGUACUUCCUGGCAGGCCAGGAUCCUCCACCCCUGACGUCCACUCAGAACAAGCCAGAGGUCGUUUACAGUAAAGCCCUCACACCGACAACACAGACCAACAAGGCCCUGCCUUUCAUCAAAGUCAUCGAGAUCAAGUCCUGAAUGGAGUGUCAACCAAGAGAAUGAUCAGAUGUUUAAAAAAAAAAAAAAACUGUAAAUAUAUAUUUAACCUCCCAGUAGAUAAUACAAAGGUUUGCCGGGAUUUUAAAAAGGCUAAAGGUUCUGCAUCCCUAUCUCGGUGUCACACUGAAUCUAAACAGGUAAAGUCAGGGGGGAUUCAAACAUUGGAGAAUUCCUAUGAAAGGAAACAUCGGAGGAGCAGUGCAACGCUGAACUUCUCAGAGGAUACACUAUACAUAUAGACACAAAUCUGAGCAGUAUGCUCUGUGUCAGCAAGUCUUUAAGAUUCAGUGGCAGGAGCAAGAGUUCAUUUGAGUUCCCUGUGUUAAGUUUCCCGCCUCCACGUCUCUCCCAAGAAGAAUCUGAAAUAAUCUGUUUCAACGGGUCAGUGUAAAAGGUUGGUCAGGAUUAUUACAUUAGAUUAUUUUUUACUAGUUAUUAUUGUUAACGUCUGUUACACAUACACUUGGGACAAAUGUGCAAAUAAUCACAUGGUGUUGAGUGUUUUCAGCCUACUCCGCCACAAUCCUAAGCGUCAGGGCUCAGGGUCACAUUCCUCAGUGCUUUGCACCACACUGCCAAUGAGCAGGCAUGCUGUUGGCUAUGAUUUAUGUUUCUUUCUGAAAUAUAUACAGUAUCUCCUACAUUAGACAGGAUCGAGUGAAUAAUGUAGUUUUGACCAUCUGUAUUUUACUUUGCUGGAAAAUAUUUAUUAGACGCUACAUGUAGAAACAGCAUCUAGUUGAUGUUAAAACUUUAAUACUUGUCUGUGCUGCCAAGCAAAGCCUCAGCAAACUUGCAAUGAACCCGGUUCUGUGCUUAAAGGUUAUGAAACGACAAUAAUAACUGAUUUAACCGAUAUACUUACUUUUAGUUUGUGUGGACCUUAAUGUUUUCCUGUAAAAUAUUUCAUGCUGUAGUCCCAGAUGAGCAUUUUUAUAAACUGAAUAACCUUUUACUGUGAACCAUGUAGAUAUACACCUUAGUUCAAGCGAUGUCAUUUUAUUGUACAUGUUCUUGUUUUUAUUUAAAUAUAAUAAAUUCCUGGUUUAUCAGA